CUCUAUUCGUAUUUUUCAUUUAAGCACAUCCAAGGUAAUCACAAACGUCAUCAACCUCCUAGCUAUAUAUAUAAACCAAUAAUCACAUUACACCUUAACAAUCUUAUUUGCAUCAAUUAAAAACCCCAUCAACCCAAAAAAAAAAAAAAAAAAAGAAACUUGGAAUCCAAGCAAGAAAUAUGGAAGGUGCAUCGAGUUCAAGAGGCAAAGGCAUGCAAGAGAAGGAGGAAAAGAGGGAGGAAGUUAAGUACCGCGGCGUGAGGCGGCGGCCGUGGGGGAAGUUUGCGGCGGAGAUCCGCGACCCCACUCGUCAGGGGGCGCGGCUGUGGCUCGGAACAUUCGACACCGCGGAGGAGGCCGCGAGGGCCUAUGACAAAGCGGCCUUCAAAUUGCGAGGCCAUCUUGCCAUCUUGAAUUUCCCCAAUGAGUACUACUCUCAACUUGCUAUUCCGCCCUAUAACCCUAAUUUUACGUCGUCUUCGUCGUCGUCGUCGUCGUCGUCGCGUCGUAAUUCGUCGCACGACAAGAUUGAGCUGGAGUAUUACGAUGACAGCUUGUUGGAGGAGCUUCUUGGAUCUUCCGACAAGAAGAAGAAGAACUGAUGAUUUGAAUCUUGAUCAUCCGUUUGAGCUUUGUUUAAUUAAUGUGGUAAUUGAACUCUGUUUUUAUGCGAGUUUAUCAAAUAUAUAUGUGACGAACAUCUUGAAUU